ACGCAUUAAGCGUUUCGUUCAAAGCUACGUAACUACGUCAUACGCUCCUUCCUUGACGACGGUAACCAGGGAGAAAGCUAUGUUUACUAAAAUGUCUGCAGCCUGGCAACUAUCUCGCAAAACAUGUCUAUUUCAAGAAAUUUGAGUCACUAAUAAACCUGAAACAUGCAGUUAAAGUACCUGAAGACUCUUUUAACUCCGCAGGAUGGAGCUGCUAAAGUCACCUGUAUGGCUUGGGCUCCCAACAAUGCAAAGUUUGCAGUGUGCACUAUUGAGAGAGUGGUUAUACUGUAUGAUGAGCAGGGAGAGAAAAGAGACAGAUUUACUACAAAACCUGCAGACCCCAAAUAUGGAAAGAAAACUUACGUGGUUAAGUCCAUGGCAUUUUCUCCUGAUUCAACUAAAAUAGCUGUUGCCCAAACAGAUAACAUCAUAUUUGUUUACAAAAUAGGAGAGGAAUGGGGAGAUAAAAAAGUUAUUUGCAACAAAUUUAUACAAACGAGUGCAGUGACAUGUUUGGUUUGGCCGUCUGAGCAUCUGAUAAUAUUUGGGCUAGCGGAGGGAAAAGUUCGACAAGCCAAUACAAAAACAAGCAAGUCAUCAACAAUCUAUGGAACAGACUCUUACAUUGUCUCGCUAACCACAAAUGUCUCUGGAAAGGGAAUCCUUUCGGGACAUGCCGAUGGAACUGUUGUACGGUACUUUUUUGAUGAUGAUGGAUCUGGGGAAUCUCAGGGAAAACUGUUGACUCAUGCAUGCCCGCCUUACGCCCUGGCAUGGGGUACCAACAGUAUAAUUGUGGCUGGAUGUGAUAAGAAGAUCGUAGCCUACGGCAGAGAGGGUCAAAUCCUGCAGACGUUUGACUACAGUCGAGAUCGCUCAGAAAAAGAAUUCACAGUAGCAGCAGCGAGCCCCAGUGGUCAAUCCAUAGUCGUAGGAAGCUAUGACAGAUUGCGGGUUUUCAACUGGAGUCCUCGAAAAGCCAACUGGGAUGAAUCUUCUCCCAAAGAGAUUGCAAACCUGUACACUAUCACAGCUCUAGCCUGGAAGAAAGAUGGCUCUCGACUCUCUGUGGGUACACUCUGUGGAGGAGUCGAGCUGUUCGACUGCUGCCUCCGGAGGAGUAUUUACAGAAACAAAUUUGAGAUGACAUACGUUGGACUGAGUCAGGUGAUUGUGAAGAAUUUGUCCACUGGCACACGAGUGGUGUUGAAGUCUCAGUAUGGCUAUGAGAUCGAUGAGGUCAAGGUCAUGGGGAAGGAUCGAUAUAUCGUGGCUCAUACCUCUGAUACACUUCUGCUGGGAGACCUCAUGUCCAACAAGCUAAGCGAGGUGGCGUGGCAGGGCUCCGGAGGAAAUGAGAAAUUUUUCUUUGAAAAUGAAACGGUGUGCAUGGUUUUCAAUGCUGGAGAGCUGGCGCUGGUGGAGUACGGGAGCAAUGAUAUCCUGGGAUCGGUUCGGACGGAGUUCAUGAAUCCUCACCUUAUCAGUGUGCGGCUGAAUGAGAGGAAACAGAGGGGAGUGGAGGACAACAAAAAGUUAGCCUACCUGAUAGACAUCAAAACUAUUGCUAUAGUGGACCUUGUUGGUGGGUGUAAUAUGGGCACCAUAAGCCAUGACUACAAAAUCGACUGGCUGGAGCUGAACGAAACCGGUCGUAAAUUGCUCUUUAGGGACAAGAAACUCAGGCUCCACCUGUAUGACAUCGAGAGCAGCUUGAAGAGCACCAUGUUGAGUUUCUGUCCGUACGUUCAGUGGGUCCCAGGCAGUGAUGUAGUUGUGGCUCAGAACAGAGGAAAUCUGUGCGUUUGGUACACCAUUGACAGCCCGGAGAGGGUCACAAUGUUUCCAAUCAAGGGGGAUAUCGUAGACCUGGAGCGAUCCAAUGGUAAAACUGAAGUCAUCGUGACUGAAGGGGUUAACUCUGUUUCUUACACCCUGGAUGAGGGCCUCAUUGAAUUCGGUACAGCCAUCGAUGACGGCGACUAUCACAGGGCCACAGCAUUCCUGGAGACGCUGGAGAUGUCUGCAGAGACAGAGGCCAUGUGGAAGACCCUGAGCAAACUCUCCCUGGAGGCACGACAGCUCCACAUCGCCGAAAGGUGUUUCGCAGCUCUAGGGGACGUCUCCAAAGUGAGAUUCCUAAAUGAGACCAACAAGAUUGCAGAUGCAGUCUCUAAGGAAUAUGGUGGUGAUGUUAUAGACCACUACCAAGUGAAAGCGAGACUGGCAAUGCUGGAUAAAAACUUUAAGCUUGCUGAGAUGUAUUACAUGGAACAGAAUGCGGUUGAGGAAGCAAUGGAAAUGUACCAAGAGCUUCAUAUGUGGGAUGAAUGUAUUGCCGUGGCAGAAACAAGGGGCCAUCCAGAGUUGGACAGUUUGAGACGCAGUUAUUAUUCUUACCUAAUGGACACCAAUCAGAACGAGAAAGCCGCGGAGGUGAAGGAGAGUGAGGGAGACAUCACCGGUGCCGUUAACCUCUACCUGAAAGCUGGACUUCCUGCCAAAGCCUCCUGGCUGGCCAUGAGCAGAGAUGAGCUCCUAUCGAACCAUGACAUCAUGAGCCGCAUCACCGCCGCACUCAUUAAAGGAGAGUUCUAUGAGAGGGCAGGUGACCUGUUUGAGAGGAUAAGAAAUAAUCAAAGAGCCCUAGAUUGCUACAGGAAGGGAAGUGCUUUCAAGAAAGCCGUGGAUCUCGCUCGUGUUGCCUUCCCCGCUGAAGUGGUAAAGCUGGAGGAAGCGUGGGGAGAUUAUCUAGUGCAACAGAAACAAAUGGAUGCCGCUAUCAACCAUUACAUAGAAGCCGGCCGUUCCACCAAGGCCAUAGAGGCGGCGAUCGCAGCACGCCAGUGGAAGAAAGCAUUGCAUAUACUGGAGCUGCAGGAAGACAAGACUGCUACCAAAUAUUAUCCAAAGAUAGCCCAGUACUAUGCCUCUGUGCAAGAGUUUGAGGUGGCCGAGCGUCUGUUCGUGAAAGGAGAUCAUAUCAAAGAUGCUAUAGAUAUGUACACUCAGGCCGGGCGAUGGGAGCAAGCUCAUAAGCUUGCAGUGAAGUGUAUGACACAAGAGGACGUGUCUGCCCUUUAUAUCAGCAGAGCUCAAGACUUAGAGAAAGAGGGCAAGUUCAAAGAAGCUGAAAGGCUCUUUACCACUGUAGAUGAACCAGAUCUGGCCAUCACCAUGUACAAGAACAAAAAAAUGUACGAUGACAUGAUCCGUCUGGUCGCCAUACAUCACAAAGACCUGCUGCAGGAAACGCAUAUUCACCUGGCCAAGGAGCUGGAAUCCGAAUCCAGGUUUCAAGAGGCGGAGUAUCACUACCUAGAGGGGCAGGAUUGGAAAGCCGCUGUAAACAUGUACAGAGUCAACGAUAUGUGGGAGGAAUCUUAUAGGAUAGCAAAGAGCCACGGAGGAGCCAAUGCUCAUAAGCAGGUGGCAUACCUGUGGGCAAAAAGUCUUGGAGGAGAGGCUGCAGUUAAGCUACUCAACAAGUUUGGCUUGCUGGAAACCACCAUUGACUUUGCGACUGAUAACUACUCAUUUGACUUUGCUUUUGAGUUGGCACGACUCUCCAUGAACCAGAAGGCUCCUGAUAUUCAUCUGAAGAAUGCCAUGUACCUCGAAGACCAGGGCAAGUUCAAUGAAGCUGAAACAGAGUUCAUCAAAGCCGGGAAACCCAAGGAGGCUGUACUGAUGCACGUUCACAAUAAAGACUGGAGUAACGCACAGAGGGUCGCUGAGGCUCAUGAUCCGGAGAGUGUGGCUGAUAUUUUAGUGAGCCAAGCUAAGUUCUGCUUCGACCAGAAAGAAUUCCAGAAAGCAGAGGCCUUCCUGCUCCGAGCACAACGACCUGAGCUUGCUAUUAAAUACUACAAAGAUGCCGCGAUGUGGACUGAUGCAAUGCGAAUCUGCAAAGACUACUUACCCAGCAAACUGAGCAUCCUUCAAAAGGAAUACGAGAGUGAGGGCAACUGGGGUGUGGAAGGGAUGGUCGAGCAGGCUCAGGAGUGGGAACAGACGGGCGAGUACGCUCAAGCCGUAGACUGCUAUCUUAAAGUGAAGGACUCAUCUAAUAUGGAUUUGUUAAUAAAGUGUUGGAUGAAGGCAGCAGAAUUGGCCAUUAAAUUUCUAUCCCAUGAGAAGGCUGUGAACGUUAGUCAGGUCGUGGGACCACGCCUCACCCAGCUCAAAAAGUACAAUGAGGCUGCCGAGCUCUACCUCAACCUGGACCUCAUUAGGAACGCCAUAGACGCUUUUAUUGAAGGGGAAGAAUGGAACAAAGCCAAGAGAGUGGCCAAGGAGCUCGAUCCAAGGUUAGAGGAAUAUGUGGACAAACGUUACAAAGACCACCUGAAAAAUCAAGGCAAAGUCGACUCUUUGGUUGGAGUAGACGUGAUGGCUGCCCUGGACAUGUACGCCGAGAGAGGCCAGUGGGAGAAAUGCAUUGACACGGCUUCAAAGCAGAAUUUUAAGGUGUUGCACAAGUUCAUCGCCCUUUAUGCCACUUACCUGAUAAAAGAGGGCGAGGCAGAGAAAGUGCUUCACCUGUACGCCCAGCACGGUGUGCCCGCUUAUUCACAGAACUUCAACAUCUACAAGCGGAUGUUCCUGGAGUUAGUGAGUCUAAGGGACAGGGAUUGCGCGGAAGCUUAUCGGUCGUGGGCCGAUCUGAGAGAUGUCCUCCUGCUGCUGUGCGAAAACCUGACCAAAUCUUCAGAGGCUAAUUCUCCGGCUCAUGAGGAGUUUGAGCAGAUGCUACAUGUCGCUCACUAUUACGCCACACGCUCUGCAGCUAAAGGCAUUGACCAGCUGAGUCCUGUGGCUGCCAAGCUGUCCAUCUCUCUCCUGAGGCACACCGAGCUCAUCCCGGCCGACAAGGCUUUUUAUGAGUCCGGCCUGGCUGCCAAGGCUGUUGGUUGGGAGAACAUGGCUUUUAUCUUCCUGAACCGCUUUUUGGAUUUGGCUGAUGGCAUUGAUGAAGGCACGUUGGAGGCUCUGGAUCACACCGAUUUUCAAGACACAGAUAUUCCUUUCGAGGUUCCAGUACCUUCAAAGCUACACGUCACAGUAGAGAAGAGGGAGGAGAUUAGGGAAUGGGUUCUUACUGUGUCUAUGGACCAGCGGGUGGAGCAAGUGCUCCCCAAGGAUGAGAGAUUGACGUACGAGGCCUCCUUAGUGGCGGCUGGCACCGGUAUCCGGUCACUGCCUUGUGUCAUCACAGGUUACCCUGUUCUGCGCAAUAAAAUUGAGUUCAAAACACCAGGGAUGGCAGCAAAUAAGGAUGACUGGAAUAAAUUCCUGAUGGCUACAAAGACCACUCAUAGCCCAGAAUGUCAGGAUGUGCUGAAAUUUAUCUCGCAGUGGUGUGGAGGUCUCCCGUCAGCUGGAUUCUCCUUCCACUGAGAUCGGGGAAGGUGCACAAUAUCUGUUUCAAUAUCUGUCAUCACCCCGUUCUUCCUUUUCUCUCGUUCACAUGUCAACUCUUUAGCUUAAACAUAUAAUCACUUUAUUAUUUAUCUUUUGUAAAGAUGUUUAGUUCUGACUCAUCAUCUUCUGACCAUCUUUUGCAUCGCAAGUAUUUUGUCUGAUGGUCAUGAUGAAAGUCAUGACAGAGAAAAUGUCUUGAGUUCAGAAGGAUGUUCAUCUUAUUCAUUUGAGUUGAAUAUUUUGGUACUUAAAAACAAAAUAAAGGACUAAUAUUUCAUUAUUAUUGUCAGUGUUCUCGUGAACAUUUCUGUUAGCAAACUUUGGACAAAUUAUAAAGAAAUAUUGAACUGAAAGAAAAACAAUUGUUCAAUUUCUAUUGGGGGUAUUUUAAAAUUUUGUAAAAUUCCCCUUACUUUCUGUUCUGAAGGGUAUAUGCCCAAUGUGCCAAAUAUUAUUUAUAUUAGUUAUCAAUUCCAAAAAUUACUUUUCAGAGACAUGCACUAGUUAAUUAUUAUUUUUUACUAGACCAGUCGAUUUAUGAUAAAUAACAAUCACCUGUCAAACGACGCCACCUCGUGGAGAUCAUAACGUGUUGGGCGUGAGAGAACACACACACACACACACUCACUAGGUCGACCUGGUACAAUUUUAACUAAUAUAGCCCCUAAUGUUAUGUAGAGCAUUCAUCUUUAUUUUCGUGUCAGAUACUUCUUUCAUGAAAAUGCACUAAACCCGGAAAUAAGUCGAAAAUAUAUGUAGGCUAUGAAAGAGAGCCCUGGAUUUGUGGGUAGUUUUGAUUUCAGGUUCUCGCCGCUGCAAUAUUUGCCUGACUGAAUCCGUUACUGAUAAUUUCGAGUUGCAUUGUUUUUUCUCCAUUUUUUUUUCACCAUAAAUUACACACCAUAAUAAAUAGUUAACUGUCCCAAUGUCCUACAUUUUCAUGCCACAGUAUUUGAGCCCCAAAGUGUCAAGUGAUCAACUCGCAAACAUUAACAUCGCAUUGUUUUUAAUCAUCGCAAUUGCCGCGUUGUUUGCUGUCUUGAUUGAGAUAUUUUAAAAUAGGCCUAUAGCUUCCUUUUUAUUCCAAAAGCUUUUAUUAAAAACCACCCAUGCAAAUCCCACUGAAAUGACUUACAUUUGUGUCACGCGCUCACUGUGUCCCCGCGUCCUUCAAGAAUCAACAUUUACAAAAAUUACCGGGUCGCUGAUUGAAAUACAGGGGCAGCUGAAUUUAAUCUGCGACCUAAAUAUUCUUUGAUGAAAUAUGCUAAUGUAGGCUAGUCUACACCUCUGUCUAAUGAGGGUGAUCUGACAUUAUAGGCUGUCCUUAAAUACCCUUUAAAGGAUAUAGGCUUUGCCACAAGGCCGCUGCUCGCACAUCAGAAAAGGCCUAUUGCUAACAAAUUCUACUUGUUCUUCAUCACUUGUCUUUUUCCAUCUGCAAUGUCUUCGAGCAUGUUAGUGUCUUGCUUUUAGGUUGCGGUCUUUGUAAAGCAAAAUAUGCGACAUUAAAACGCACUUAGCAUCUUUCUAUCCGAAACUUAAAGUGCACGUUUUGUAAAAUGACAUCCUGACAAUCUCUUGACUUGACUGAACAAUUAAAAACGGAGGAAACACGACAUUCACAUCUUUCUAAACGCACAGAAGGCCCACACGUUUGUUUGAUUCUCGCGUUAUCAAAAUAACAUGUUAUGCGUCCUCGGUUAAAGCCUGUCAAUAACAUAAACAUUUCGUAUUAAUGUGUAAGAUAAAGACCGCAAUUCGAUCGAUCGAAAAGGAUUCGUAUUUAAAUCACAUUUAUGAGUCGCAACAAUAGCAUUGCUAUUUUUGAUGAUGACGACGAACGGAAUCAAUUUACGUUUGAUGGAGUUUUAGUUUCAUAUGUGAAAAGCGAUUUUUCAAAAGCCAUAGGCCCAUAUUUCCAAAAGUAGCCUUUAUCUAUAUAUAAACGACCUUGAAAAUGAGAUUCACGGUUAAUGAAUAUCUUAGAAAUGGAGAGAUUAUAUGAAAUAUUGAUUUGGAUGUACAUCUGUCUCUCAAAAAAUUGUACCACUUCACAAUAUUGAAGUGAAUAUGAAAGAUGAUAAAAACUGGAAUUCAAUGUAUAUUCAACAUGGCUGGGUAUUUGAAAUCCGCUUCCGUUUCUAUCACCAUAGAAAUAUAUCUAGAUGAAUGAUGUGUAUUGUUUUUUUUUUUACGUUAUUACUAGUAUUUAACCUUUUUUUGCUUUUUGACAAAACUAAGAAUUUCUCUGAGAUGUCACGUAAAACGCAGUUAAAGCGCGUAAACUUCUAUAACCGUUUCUAAAUUACGCAUCCAAGCAUGGGCCUGCAGCCUAAAUACUAAACAUCAACAUUUAUUGUGUGAAUUAUACGUGCACAAUAAUUUCAGAAUAAAGUUAGGGUUUCAGUAAAAAAUAACUGUAAUUCAUACAUCAAAAAAAUUGUAAAUGGUUGCGUGGAAAAAAGAAAUUAAUGUCUGUUUCGUGAAUAUGUGAUUUUAUUGACAACCUCAAAUUGUUUACAGAUUUUUCAGAAUCAUGGAUUCAAACGAACAGUCAUACAUUUUUGUGCCCUUACAAUGAGGACACAUUACAAGUGUCACUGUAAGUGCACACUGCUGUCCACUGACACUGUCAUUUAUGUGAGACAGACACCGUGUGAAAAUCAGCAGUCAGGUACGUUUUGUCUGUUUUAUUUUGUUGUCAUUGUAGGCCUCACAACCUAUCAAUCCGUAUUUCACCGUCUGCGUAGGCAAAAGGCUUUAAAACUUGAUUUUUUUAUUAAAAUGCUCAAUAAGUAGACCAAAAAGAGUAAAUAACUAAAUGCAUUUCAGAAAACCUCUAGUUAGUCGUGUGAUCCCCUUCUGUAAGGGUUCAUUUGUUCAUAACGUGGAAUGAUGACCACAUUUGCUCCGCGCAAAAUUCUAACAGAUUUGCAAAAAUCUAUAGACGCAUGCAGUUUGGCCGCAUUGAUGCGUCGGUUCGCCUUUACACACACGUUCGCGCUCUCAUAAAACCCUAUAAAAAAAAAUAAAAAAAAACGUCAUGCAUAGCAAGAUAUGGUCUGUCUGCGUCAAAAAUAGUCAUCGAUGAUAUUUGCCAUCUCUCUUGGCAUUCACCGCGUGCCUUAAUUGUAUGGACAUUUAAAUCAAGGUCCGCUGUGAACACGAAGAGAAGCGGGCCUAUUUUCAGCCUCAAUAUUCACAAUUGCACAACUAUACGACAGCAACGAUGUUGCACCAAAAUGUCUACGUCCUCUGUCGACCGGCGUAACAUCCAACAUCUCACGAGCGUCAUGCAUCCCUAAAGCAUCGGUGCAUCGCUUGCCAGAACAAUACCACUUUGUCAGCCUUCUAAAAAUAACAUAUAAUGUAAAAAAAACCCAAAGAAGUCAUAAAUGCAAGCGUUGCAUUGAUUACAUUACCUAUUUU